AUGAUUAAUAGUAAACAAAAAUAAAAAUAAUAAAGAAAAAUCAAAAUACUUUUUAGCCUUUUUUUAAUACAGCCUAAAGAUGAAUAGAGCUUUUUCUAUAAUAUUAAAAAUAAUUCUAAUUAGGUGAGUUUUUUACAUCAAAUGAUUUUUGUCUGAUGAUAAAAAAUAAGAAAUGCAUACUUUAUGUUUAAGUAAAGCUUGUAUAAAGUGAUCAAGAUUAAUCAGUAGUAUAAUAAAAAAAGAGUUGAAAAAAAAUUGCUCAAACAACUUAGGUUUCUGUAUGAAAUAGACUUACAAGGAAUCAUAGAUAAAGGCCGGAUGAAAUUUAUAAAAGAAACAAAAGCUAGAUUAAAAAUGUAAAGCAUUAAAUAUCAUGCUCUAAAAAUUAAAAUCUAUAUUACAAAUAGAAAUCAUUAAGAAAAGGAAUAUUUUAUUGAAAAAUAUAAAGGAAAAGAUUUAGAUGAAUGUAUUAUAUAAGUAUAUAAUUGGAACAGAGAUCUUUUUUGGGGAUGGUUGAUUGAUCCAAGGUGA